AGUCUCCUCCCGCCUCGGGUCUGUCGCCUCCCUCCCGUCGGCCCGGCCCGGCCGCAGAAGCCGCCGCCGCCGCCACCAUGAGGAAGAAGCCGAGGAAGGGAUGCGACUGCAGGCGCUUCCUGCAGAACAACUGGCUCCUCCUCGCCACGGUGCUCUCCGUGGCCUUAGGGAUCGGAAUCGGGGUCUUGGUGCGAGAAUACAGCAACUUUUCCAAUCUGGAUAAAUUCUACUUUGCCUUUCCUGGAGAAAUUCUAAUGCGGAUGCUGAAACUCAUCAUUUUGCCGUUGAUUAUAUCUAGCAUGAUCACAGGUGUUGCCGCUCUGGACUCCAGUGUGUCUGGGAAAAUUGGUUUGCGUGCUGUUGUGUAUUAUUUCUGUACUACUGUCAUCGCUGUAAUUCUAGGGAUUGUGCUGGUAGUAAGCAUCAAGCCUGGUGUGUCCCAGGAAGCAGAUGAAAUUGAUAGGGUGGGCAGCACGCCUGAAGUCAGCACAGUGGAUGCCAUGUUAGACCUGAUCAGGAAUAUGUUCCCAGAGAACCUCGUACAGGCCUGUUUUCAGCAGUACAAAACCAAGCGUGAGGAACUGAAGCUUCCAAGUACAUCAGAAAAAGGCAACAUGACAGAAGAGCCUGUCACAAUGAUGAUGACAACUUCAAUUUCAAAGAAUGAAACAAAGGAGUACAAAAUUGUGGGCAUGUAUACCGAUGGCAUAAAUGUCCUGGGCCUGAUUGUAUUUUGUCUCGUCUUUGGAAUUGUUAUUGGGAAAAUGGGAGAAAAGGGCCAGGUUCUGGUCGACUUCUUCAAUGCUCUGAAUGAUGCUACUAUGAAAAUAGUUCAGAUCAUCAUGUGGUAUAUGCCACUGGGAAUUUUGUUUCUGAUUGCUGGGAAGAUCAUAGAAGUUGAAAACUGGGACAUUUUUCGCAAACUGGGGCUCUAUAUGGCUACAGUACUAAGCGGGCUUGCAAUUCAUUCCAUCAUCAUUCUCCCGUUGAUCUACUUGAUUGUUGUGAGAAAAAACCCUCUUCGAUUUGCCAUGGGAAUGGCACAGGCUCUGCUGACGGCCCUCAUGAUCUCUUCCAGCUCAGCCACUUUGCCCGUCACCUUUCGCUGUACAGAAGAAAACAACCAUGUAGACAAGCGGAUCACCAGAUUUGUCUUACCAGUGGGAGCCACAAUCAACAUGGAUGGAACUGCUCUCUAUGAAGCAGUGGCAGCCGUGUUUAUCGCGCAACUCAAUGACUUAGAUUUGGACAUCGGUCAGAUAAUAACCAUUAGCGUGACAGCCACCGCCGCAAGCAUUGGGGCUGCAGGAGUCCCCCAGGCGGGGCUGGUGACCAUGGUGAUUGUGCUGAGCGCCGUUGGACUUCCCGCCAAAGACGUUACCUUGAUCGUUGCUGUCGAUUGGCUUCUGGAUCGCUUCCGGACAAUGGUAAACGUCCUGGGUGAUGCUUUUGGAACUGGCAUUGUGGAGAAGCUUUCUAAAAGGGAGCUGGAGCAGAUGAGCAGCACAUCUGAAGUCAACAUUGUGAAUCCCUUUGCCUUAGAACCAGCGAUGCUUGAUAAUGAAGAAGCAGAGUCUAAGAAAUCUUACAUCAAUGGAGGCUUUGCCAUAGAUAAAUCCGACACUAUCUCAUUCACCCAGACAUCACAGUUUUAG